AUGCAAUACCAGAGACAGAAUGCACAAAAAAAUGAUAAACUCUUCGAACGUGCAGAGAUUGACAAAAAUGGUGGUAAUUGCUCUUAUCAAUUUUGGGUCAGAUAAAGAAAAUCUGACCCAAAAAAAAAGUGAGCGGGAUUUUUGAUCACCAUGUUCUCUCAGCUCUCCAAGCAAGUCAUCUAACUAUUGCGAUUCCUUUCCCUUUCCUUACUAAUGAUGUAAACUUAAUCAAUAUCUAAUGAUGGAUGAAAUGAAAACAGUCCUAUCGAGUCCCAAAUUGACGCUGCUAUGGACAAGCUCCUUGUCAACUUUGGUGUCGAGAUUCUCAAGAUCGUCCCUGGCCGUGUCUCGACUGAGGUCAGUGCUCGUCUCUCCUUUGAUAAGGAGGCCACCAUCGCCAAGGCCAAGAAGAUCAUUGGCCUCUACAAGGACGCUGGCAUUGACAAGGACCGCAUUCUUAUCAAGAUUGCCUCCACCUGGGAGGGUAUCCAGGCCGCCAGACAUCUCGAGUCAGUUGAAGGCAUUCACUGUAACUUGACUCUUCUUUUCUCUUUCGCUCAGGCUGUUGCCUGCGCUGAGGCUAAUGUCACUUUGAUCUCACCCUUUGUUGGCCGUAUUCUCGACUGGUACAAGACCACCCAUAAGAAGGAGUACCACGGUGCAGAGGAUCCUGGUGUCAUUUCAGUCACCAAGAUUUACAACUACUAUAAGCAGCACGGCUACAAGACCAUUGUCAUGGGUGCCUCCUUCCGCACUGUUGAAGAGAUCGAGGAGUUGGCUGGAUGUGACUUCUUGACUAUCUCACCCGCUUUGUUGGAAGAACUCCACAAGUCGAAUAAGCAGAUCGAGCGUAAGCUGAGCCCUGAGAUUGCUACCAGCAGUGCUCAGCAGUAUCCCAAGGUUUCCUUUGAUGAGACUUCCUUCCGCUGGGAGCUGAAUGAAGACCCCAUGGCAACUGAGAAACUCGCUGAGGGUAUCCGCAAGUUCGCUGCUGAUGCCAUCCAGCUUGAAAAGACCCUUUCUCAAAUGUUGCAGUAAAAGAAAGGACGUUCUUUGUUUCAACUGUACAUAAUUUAAACAGGAAAAGUAAAUAAAAUAAAAAUAUCAUUUUCAUUUUAUACUUUUUUU